CUGUCAUUCAGAAUUCAUUGUCGUCACACAUCACAGUGCCAUGAAGAAACAGGUUUUUCGUCACAUAAAGGAAGCGGUUCGUUCUCGUCUUUAUCGUCUAAGGAGUGGAUUACGAUGGUGAUGUUAGCUCUUGCCAAUCUUUGUUCGACAGUUGCAUUUAGCUGUAUCGCUCCUUUCUAUCCUGACGAGGCAAAGAAAAAAGGCAUGACUGAGUCCCAAACUGGAAUCGUUUUUGGAGUAUUUGAGCUGGUAAUGUUCGUCAUGGCACCAAUCUUCGGGAAAUACGUAUGUUUAAUCUUAGCAAAUUCACGUCGACUAUUACUUUUCCUGUUUAGGUUCUUGAAUUACCUGCCAUCGGGUAGUAUUUUCUUCCUAGCUAGCCUUCUCAUACGAAUACUGGAAGCUAUAGGUGAUGCUGCUUUUGUAACAUCAAGUUUUGCAAUAUCGGCAAAAUGCUUUCCUGGAAAUAUAGCUGUCGUUGUGGGUGUUAUGGAAACAUUUGCCGGACUGGGGUAUACUGCUGGUCCACUUAUUGGAGGAUUUCUUUACGAAUUCGGAGGAUUUCAAGUUCCAUUUCUCGUUCUCGGCGCAAUUUUAAUUUUAGCGACAGCACUUGGCUGGUGGCUUAUAGGAAAUUUUAAAGACGAUAACAUUGGUACAUCGAAAGGAAUGAUAGCGAUGCUUCGAAUUCCUGUCAUUUGGAUAAUGGUCUAUGCUAUUGUGGUGUGUGCGAUAUCACUCUCGUUCCUGGAUCCUACACUCUCAGCACAUCUUCAAUCGUUCAAUCUCACACCAACCAUGAUCGGCUUAAUGUUUCUGCUAUGCGGUGGCAUUUAUACGUUAACGGCUCCAUUAUGGGGCUUUCUUAUCGAUAAAUAUCAUUGUACAACUGCUGUCAUGGUUUUUGGAUCAUCUGCCACAGUCAUCUCAAUGGCAAUGAUUGGGCCUUCCCCGUUUUUACCGCUGAGCAAGAAUCUUGUGUUGAUUGGAAUAUCAUUAGCUGUUCUUGGUGUUGCCGCUGGCGCCCUUUAUAUUCCCACUUUCCAAACUUUUGGUUUCGACUUAUUUGAUCUGAAAGAUCACGGUUAUGACGACUCAUUCCGCACGUACGGUUGUGUGUCAGGUGUUUUCCAAUCAGCAUUUGCUUUAGGUGGAUUUAUGGGUCCUACUGUUGGUGGGUUCAUGGUUGAGAAGAUCGGGUUUGCUUGGACUACGACGGUUAUUGGUGCUAUUCAUAUUAUGUUUGUGAUGGUGAAGUGCGCUGCUCCCCGGUAA